UCAAAUGUGAAACUCUAAAUCCAAAAUUUGUUUACUUUGAAAAUUGUUUGUUGAAAUCGGUGAACCGUACGUACAAGUACAUGUCUGUGAAAGCCAGGUUACUUCAAGAUCCCAUAACUGAUAUCAAGUUUCAUUUGGCGAUUUACCAACGACUUAAUGGAUACAGGCCGUUUCUGUACAAUAUAACAGUCGAUGCCUGCAAAUUCCAGAGAAAUCGGAAAAAAUACCCUGUAGUAAAGUUCUUUUUUGAUAUAGUAGAACCCUAUUCGAACAUAAAUCAUACGUGUCCUUAUAGUCAUGAUGCAACAUUUGAUAAAGUGCCAGUCACAUAUAUCGAUCAUCGAUUGUCAAAUAUUCUUCCAUUUCCCAAAGGCGAUUACAUGUUGGAAACCAAUUGGUUUGCCUAUGAUAUUCAUCGAGCAGCGGUCAAAUUCUAUGGAACCCUUUCAUAAAUUAUGGAAAAACUACAAAUAUAUCACAAAAUCAAUUUGUUUUGGAAAGAUAAUAAAUGAAAAUCAGGACAAUACUUCCACCCUUCUGGCUUAAAUCUACACCAGGAAUUAAGGCCAAGACGAUGGCAAGAACUAACCCCCUUUUUGGGAACUCGGUCUCUAUUAAAAUAUGCGCAUAUGUAAUAAGUAAACCGCUAAGUAGACACCGAUAGACGACCAAAAACCUAUCAACCACUUAACACCCAAUUGAAAAGUGUGACCCAGUUUUAAAAGGAAGAUUUGGCAAGCGUUUAAUGUAAUUGCCAAAGUCCAUUUGCGGCAUCGACAUAUCGACAUAUGAGGAAUAUUUUGAAUGUUUUUCAAAGCAUCAGCAGCACAUAUGGGAGAAUCGAAUUCUACGUAAUGGAUGCCAUAAUUCCGCGCUAAUGUUGCAAAAAUGUGCAAAGCUGGAAAAGCGGCUCGCAGCAGCACAGUGACAACAAUGGAAACUAAGCUCAUAAAUUACCAUGACAAUGGAAUUAUGCUCUCUAAUCCACCCCGAAAAAGUUAUUGAACUCUCCAGCGAUCUAAUAGAAGCGUAAAUCUUG